AUGGACAACCUGGAGAAGCAUGCUGCAAGCAGCGAUAAUGUCGAUCAAACGAACGGUGAGAUGCUCGAGAUUCGUGGGAAUUACACCGUGAAGGAAGAGAAAGCCGUCCUCCGCAAAAUUGACUUGGUCAUUUUGCCCUUUAUGUGCUUCGUCUUUUUCCUGCAAUACCUUGACAAGCAGAGUCUCAGCUAUGCUGCCGUCUUUGGUCUAAUUGAAGACCUCAACAUGACAAGCUCACAAUAUUCAUGGUCAAGCUCGAUCUUCUAUGUUGGCCAACUGGUCGCCGAGUAUCCAUUUAUCUCAUCUCAUGAGUCGGCUCCCAUUGACCAAAUUUGUCGAAUUGUCUGGGGAAUUGUAUGCAUGUGCCUCGCAGCGCCGAACAACUUCGCCGGAUUUGCCACCGUGCGCUUCCUUCUCGGCUUCAGCGAAGGCGCCGUCUCGCCUGCCUUUGUCACAAUCACCAGUAUCUGGUACCGAAAGAAAGAACACAAUGUCCGCACGGCACUAUGGAUCUCCAUGAAUGGCCUGGCGCAGGUUCUAGGCUGCUUCCUGAUGUAUGGUAUUGGCAAAAACACCUCACUUCCCAUCGCCCCCUGGCGAGUGCUAUUUAUCAUCUGUGGCACGAUAACUUCUGCCGCAGGUGUGGCGUUCUUUUUCCUUAUGCCCAACGGGCCUAAAGAUGCAUGGUUCUUGAACGCCCGUGAAAGGGAAGUCCUAUCGCUACGGAUGUCACAGGACCGAGAUGGUGGUGACAAGGCCUGCUUUUCUGUUGCCCAGCUCAAAGAGACAAUGCUGGACCCUAAGGCGUGGGUUGUCUUUUGGUUUGGUGUUUUGGUAUGCAUGCAGUCGCCGGUUUUGACCUUUGCAUCUCUCGUGAUCAAAUCGAUUGGUUAUGAUAACCUUGAGACUAUGCUAUAUACGGCUCCAUCGGGAGCUGUGCAAGUCGUUUUCCUGUGGAUCGGUGCUGGUCUAGUGUUCAUCUUCCCCAACCAGCGAACGCUGGUCGUUCUUGUUCUUAUCAUCCCGCCUUUAAUUGGGACUGUCUUCUUGAUGAAGUUGGACGUGACGGCUCAGUGGGGUCUUAUUGUUGCCUCGUGGCUGUCUUCAUGCAUUACCGCAUCCAUGACACCACUUCUCUCACUUGCAGCAUCAAAUUUCAAGGGAAAUACAAAGCGCGCUAUUGUGAACGGCAUGUUUUUCAUCGGCUACUGCGCUGCCUGCAUUGCUUCACCUCAACUAUGGACUCACAGCCCUCGUUACACGGAGGGUGUGAUAACAUCCAUUGUGACAUGGUGUCUACUUUUCCUGGUGGUGAUAUUAUUCCGCUUCUUGUGUGUAUGGGACAAUAAGCAACGUGAUGAACAAGCUGCCAGUUUGGGUGUUAGUGUGGAUCAAGAGGUCAAACUGGACGAAAAUGGGUUGCCACAGACAGAUCUCACGGAUAAGCAAGACCGACAAUUUCGAUAUGUGUGGUAA